UUGACACCAUUUGAGAGCUCCUAAUAUAGACCCAGUUGCUCCGUGGGAAAGGGUAGCUAAGACCUAAGCAAACUCGCUGCAUUGAGAGUGGUUCUUUCAUGGACCCUCGACAGAGUAAUGGAGCCUCCUACGCAGGUGUCAUUCCCAGGAAAGAAGGAGGAGAUGCAAAAACAAGAGGCAGAUGCCACGGUCUACAUGAAUUUCAUGAAGAGUCACUGCUGCUACGAUGCCAUUCCAGUCAGCUGUAAGCUGGUCAUAUUUGACACAACGCUGCAGGUUAAAAAAGCCUUUUUUGCCCUGGUGGCAAACGGCUUGCGGGCUGCGCCCCUGUGGGACAGCAAGCUGCAGAGAUUUGUGGGUAUGCUGACUAUUACAGACUUCAUCAACAUCCUCCAUUGUUAUUACAAGUCCCCCAUGGUUCAGAUGUAUGAGCUGGAGAGCCACAAGAUUGAGACAUGGAGAGGUGAUUCAUUUCAAAAUGUGUACUUGCAGUAUUCCAAGCGAUCCCUCAUUAGCAUUUCUCCAGAUGCCAGCCUCUUCGACGCCAUCUAUUCCUUGCUCAGGUAUAAGAUCCACAGGUUGCCCGUCAUCGAUCCGGACUCUGGAAACGUCCUGCACAUUCUGACCCACAAAAGGAUCCUCAAGUUCCUCCAUAUAUUUGGAAGGAAAGUCCCCAAGCCUGCGUUUGUUCAGCGGCAGAUCCAGGAGCUGGGGAUCGGAACGUUCAGGAACAUCGCCACUGUCCAGCUGACGGCGUCGCUCUAUGACGCCCUCUCUAUAUUUGUAGAAAGACGGGUGUCUGCACUACCAGUUGUGGAUGGAGAAGGCAAAGUGGUGGCCCUCUACUCAAGAUUUGACGUGAUUAAUAUAGCAGCCCAGAAGACGUACAACAAUCUGGACAUGAUGAUGGAGGAAGCCAUUCGCCGGCGGACUUGUUUUGUUGAGGGUGUAAUUAAGUGCUACCCUGAUGAAACCUUGGAAACUAUUAUAGAUCGCAUAGUCAAAGCUGAGGUCCAUCGGCUGGUCUUGGUUGACAGGGCUGACAUGGUGAAGGGCAUCAUCUCUCUGUCUGACCUCCUGCAGGCCAUGGUCUUAACCCCUGCAGGUAUUGACGCCCUUUUGUCCUAGUAGCGGGAACAGAAAGAUCCUGCGUGGGCUUGAAUCGUGGCCCUGAACCGAGGCCGGAACAUGCAUCAGAUGCUUGAUAUUCCUCUGCUUUUAGCUCCAGGCCCCACUCUUGUACAUAAACACAAAGACUUUCAUUCAUGUUUCCAGAACUCAUGAUGUGAUCUAAAUGACCACAAGAGGAAAGGAGAAAUUCCUGUGUGUGCUACUGUUUAUGUUAAUACUACAGUAAUGGACAGCGAUUUGACCUUCACGAUGUGAUACACAGGUCUUGAGCGCAGUUUCCAUACUGGCUGCAUUUGAUCAAAUUGAUCAAUACAUGUUUACUCAAUACUGUAUAAACAUUUAUAUCAAAACAUUCUAGUGCCUGUAUUUUUAUUGUGUAUAAUAAGAAAUAUAUUUUUUGAAUAUAGAAUAGAAUGGGACUUCAAUAACCACACACACCGGUGAACAACCAGGGCUCUGACAUUGAGACUGUGGACACAUUUAAAUACUUGAGUGUCCAUGUAGACAAUAAACUGGAUUGGUCAAACAA